GCGACGGUUGUAGAUCUAAAUUUUGUGACAAUUUUUUCUUAAUUUUUAAUUUAAUUUUUUCUAAAGAUGCACACAAAAACGUUAUUUUUGGUAUUUGUGGCGUUUGCCUUCGUCUUCACCGGCGUCUUGUCCACGAUACCCGGUCGCUACUUAUCAGCCGGCGAUGUUGUUAAUUUAAAAGGAAAUCAAGAAUUUAACAUCUUUUGUUAUAAAGGACGUCCAAAAUACAUUAUUAACAUUUGGCAAAGUGUCAAUAUGCAAUUUAAACAUGAAUCUGAUAAUUUUAUGUAUUAUGAAGGUGGAACGGUUGAUGAAGUGACUAAGGAGUACAUGGAGCAUCGUUCUAGUUGGUCAUUGAAUUUAUUUUCAUGGAAAAAUAAAUAUUUUAACUUAGAUCCGUUUAAUCAAAGCUGUGUGGGGAUUUAUAGCAAAGAAAAAUAUGCGGUUCAAUUAAAUGUGUUACGUAUUGAUUAUUGCAAAGUUUUGAGUUUAAUUUUUGGGGUUAUUUUAUUUGUUUCUGCUUCAAAAUUAAGCAAAAAUCAGUUUUUUUAUUAUUUAUGUGGUAUUUCAUUGGGGGUGUGCGCCUCAUUUCUCAUCUUAGUUUACUUUAUUAGUAAAUUAUUUCCAAAGAAACCUUUCAUGUAUGGAGUCGUUAUUGGAGGCUGGACUCUUGGUGUGUACUUAUUACAAAUGCUUUGGGAUAAUGUGAGAGUAAUCAUGACGUUCUAUCGUACUUAUUUAUUAUGGUACAUUGUUAUCACAGGUUUUAUAAGCUUUGUCGUGUGUUACCGUUUUGGUCCCAUCACCAACACAAGAACCCAAAACAUAAUCAAAUGGUUCUUACAAUUACUUUCUUUGAUAUUAAUUUUUAAUAGCAGUGAAUUCCAUGAAGCCUCAAUGGGUCAAAUUGUUAUACUUUUAGUGGUUUAUAAUUUUCCAAAAUCGUGGGUUUCAAAAUCGAAAACUUAUUGGAAACGGAAGUUUCCCCCCAGAGUUCGCCUGUUAUCAAACGAUGAGUAUUACGAUCAAGGAGUUAAACACACGGCGAAAGCACUCAAUGAAUUAAGAGAAUUCUGCUCGAGUCCUGAUUGUAAUCAAUGGAAGACUGCUUUAAAAUUGCAAGAUGUGAAAAGGUUCGCUUCGUUUAUUGAAGGAAACUCCCAUUUAUCUGAUGCUGAAGUUUUAGAUUAUGAAUCAUUGAAUGGCGAUGAAAUUACUGAUGAUGAAACAGAAAGUGAGACUGACAUAGAAACUAAUGCAUACACUGAUGAAGAAGAGUACUAAUUUUUUUGUGAUGUUUUUUAUAUUUAAUGAGAAUAAAUUGUUUUUUUAAAUCUUU